AUGGACCCUGCUCACAACAAUAAACCUCUGAGGUUUAACAGAAAAAAGAACAAGCCACCAAUGCCAGUUACUCGCACAUACUCAGAAGGAAGAGAUGAUGAUGUAACGUCCAGUACUAGUAGUAACCAGUAUUUAAUGCCAGGAACUGACUUCGGCCCUGAACUUGGCCCUGACCCCCCGCCUGGCGACAUGAUUGGGAUGUACAACAUGAUGGGGCCUAUGGUGGGGUCCAUGGGGGGUGACCCCAAUAUGAUCCUCAUGGGGCCCAUGAACUUCAACAGUGUAAGUCCGGGUCCCAUGAUUGGUCCAGGUCCCAUUGCUGGAAUGGGUCCAAACCCAAUGAUGGGCCCAGGCCCCUUGGGUAUGAUGGGUCCAGGAAUGAUGGGGCCUCACAUGCUUGUAAAAGAGAUCAUUCGUCUGAAUUCCUGUGUCUUGUAUCCUCCACCACCUGGUGCGCCACCUUCCAGUGUCAGAGUAAAACCACCAGGAUGCCGAACUAUAUUUGUUGGUGGCAUCCCAGAGAACAGCACUAGUGAGAUUCUCCAUGAGGUUUUUGAAAGCUGUGGCCAGAUAUUGAGCAUUCGUAUAAGCAAGAAAAACUUUGCCCACAUUCGCUUUGAGAAUAUGGAGUCUGUGGACAGAGCUUUGUACAUCUCUGGCUAUCGCAUGAAGAUCAAUGAUUCUGAUGAAAAAGAGGACACCGGAAGAAUCCACGUGGACUAUGCUCAAGCUAAAAAUGACCAGUUUGAGUACGAGUGUCUCCAACGAGCUUUCGCUAGAGAGAUGAGACACUUUCAGCGAAUGGAAGAAGAUAGGCUGCGUCCUCCAAGCCCUCCACCAGUCACACAUUUCUCCGACCAUGAAGCUUUGGUUCUGUUGGAAAAGUUGAAAUCGGAUGAGUCUUUUGUAAAAGCCUCACAGGUACUCAUCACUUGGCUAGAUCGAGGUGAAUGCAACAGACGCACCUCCACAGGCUUCUACUCUAUGAUCCAGCAUGUCCACGGCCACGUACGUCGGCUGACCACUGAGAGGACUGUCCUUCGGGAUGAGUUUGAGCAGUACAAAAUACAGUACCAGCAGAAACUCCAAGGCCUUGGCGGACAGUUGUGUCAGGUAGAGAGAGUUCUGGCAGCUGCUCACAAACAAAGGUGCUGGGACCAUUUCACCAAGGCUCAGCGCAAGAACAUUGACACCUGGCAGCGCCAGGCACAGGAGCAACGUGUGAGUGAGGAACAGACUUUGCCAAAGACAGAUGACACCACAGGGGAUGAUAUGGUCUUUUCUGAUGAUGAAACUGGUGAAUCUGGGCCACCCCCCAACAAGGUGUGCAAGGUGGAAACUCUAUCUGACAGUGAUGCUGAUGAGAAUCAGAAACUGAAGGAGGAGAAUGAUGCUCUCAAAUGUCAGAUGGAGGCUUUCAGAAAUGAGGUGGAGACAGUCAGACUGGAGGGAAAGGCAGAGCUGGAGGAGAAGGAAAAACAGCUGAGGGCAUUACAGAAUGCACUGCAAGGCAUGCAGCAGCAACUGAUUGUGCAGAGAGCGGUGGUGGCCAAGCUGGAAAAAGAGAACAAGGAAAUCAGGUCGAAAGUAAAUGAUGAUAGUGAGAGCAUUGAGUGCCAGCGUAACUUUGAGCCUGCAGUAAUCUUAUGUUUUUUCCAUCACCAACAGGAUGCAGACAACCCUGUCAGCAACAAGGAUGAGUUGUCAGUAACCAGUUCAGGUCUGUCCUUAUCAGACAAAGAUGCCAAAAUGAUUG